AUGAAUCUAUGUGAUGCAAAACAAAAAUCUUUUGCACAACGUGUUUAUUUUGAUCUCAAAAUUUGUCGUAAAUGGUCAAAACUUAAUACUUAUUUUGAUGAAAUUAAUAAAUGGAUAUUUUUUGUUGGUAAACCAUCUGAUAAUGAAUCAUGGACAUUUGUUUUACCUAUAUCAAGUGAUGAAGAAUUGAGUGUUGAUGAUUUAUUUAAUCUAAGAACAAAAUUAUCGUCGUCAUUACCAUCAAAUAUUAAUGAAAAUAUUUCAAGUGUGCUGAUGGCUAUUAUUGCAAAUGAUUUCACAUUAGGUUAUUUCAAUUUUUCAUUUGGUCUACCGUCACCAUCAACAUCGUCGAACAUCAUAGCACAAACAGAGAUCUCAAAUAACCAAAUAGUAUCUACGAGUGAUAAUCAUUUUGAAAAUGAAAUAAAAACAGAAACAGUCAAUAAUGAAUGGCCUACAACUGAUACAGAUGCUACUUGGGACUAA